AUGCCCAGAUUUGAUCCAGAAACUUUAGAAAAUGUGAAAAGUUUAAAGUUGAGAGAAGAUGACGUCAUUAUUAUGGAUUACCCCAAAUCAGGAACUCACUGGUUAUUCGAGAUUGUUCAGAUGCUCAAAUUUAAAACAACCAAUGCGCCUUGUGUUUCAACCUGUAAUUUUAUCAUGGAAUUCGUGAAACAAGAUAUACUGGAUUCCAAACCAUCGCCUAGAAUUCUAAACACCCAUUAUAGAUUUCACGAUCUACCUACAGAUAUACACACCAAAAACCCCAAAAUCCUGUAUAUAAGAAGAAAUCCUAAAGAUGCAUCUGUUUCGUUUUACAACCAUACCAUCAAAUUGUCCAAAUAUUAUGAAUAUUCAGGACAAUUUUCAGAUUAUCUGAAAUUAUGGAUGGAGGGAAAACUGGACUAUGGUUCGUGGUUUGAUUAUGUUAAAGAAUAUGAAAAAGUUUGUAAAAAUUCAGAUCUAGAUAUAUUACCUUUAGAAUAUGAACAAUUAAAGAAGGACCUAAUUAAUGAAAUACGAAAAAUCAGCGAUUUUUUAGAAUUAGAGAGAAAUGAAAAACUAAUAAAGGAUAUAAGCGAACGAUGUACUUUU